AUGCCGUAUAUCGGUGCCUCUAACGUCUCUCAGUCGUCUUUCAGGAGCUUCAAAGAAAAGCACUCAAUGAAUCGUUCAGUUUUGCAAGUAGAUAGCUCAGCAGGGAGUACGGUAUCGUCUUUGAUUGAAGUUUCAGAUACUCGAGCAUGUUCGUCCACGGCAGAUACGACCAGUCAUAGUAGCAGUUUAGAGGAUGUGCCGCCAUGUAGUAGAGGAAAGGCAAAGCAUUUGAAGAACGAGGUAGAUGGCACUGACCUUUCGAGACUGAGAUCUCGCAGAGCACAGUCCGUCGAUUCGAUAGCCACCUCAGCCACAGAGCCGGAAGCCGCAGAGCUAUUAACACUGCCGAAUGAGUCAACGCAUGCUUACUCGUAUAAUCCUUUGUCUCCUAAUUCCUUAGCUGUCAGGUUGAGCAUUUUGAAAAGAACGUUGGAGAUUUUGAUAGGAAACCCCCAGAUGUUGAUGGAUUCGAAUCAUCAAAGGAACUGGAGUGGAGUGAUGUCCGGCAGGAGAGAAGAUAAGCAAGUUAAGCGGACCGCUCAUUCGGCUGCUUUAGACGCUUUCGUUUCUAGUACUAACGCCAGUCUAACAUCUAGCGGCGUUCAGUCCCCUGCACCUUCAAGGGGAAAAACUUCUUUGGCUCUAUCUUCGCAUGCCAUACCAUCGUCUCGUCUUGAGAGAGCAUCUUCCAUAGCAUUUCUGCCCGAAUUUCCCUAUCGCGGUGAUCUGCAAGCAGGUAAAGACAAUAUUGUCUACAACAGCAUAGGGACAGCUAGCACCUCUACUGAACUAAUUGAUGCUCAAAGGACUGAUCUAGAGAGCCUUCUAGAUUUGCUCAACGAAACUUUGGAAAACAAUACUUCCGCAAAGGCAACAGAUCUGCAUAUGAUUUCUCUUUUGAACAUCAAUAAGCUUAUAUUAGGCAACAGUGAGCACAAUCAUUCCACAUCGCAAUCCCAGUUAAGGACGUUGCACUUGAAAAAAACUCUACUAAACAGCUUAGCAGAGCCUUUUUUUGAGCAUUACACAUUGCCUGAAGAUGAGAUCAACGAGGAAGAAAUUGAACUGCGACAGGAGAUUAGCAAUGUUUUGGGAGCAGAUUUAAAGAGCGACAGCCAAUUGCCCAUUGAAAGUAUACGGCCUCAGCAGGAUUACGGUCGUAUACUGCAUACUUUUACCUCAGGUAAGAACAGAGCCCCUCAGGCGAUCUUUACAUGCUCUCAGCAGCAUCCAUGGCAGUUUAAAGCUGCUAAUGAUUUGGCUUGUCUAACUUUUGGCAUCUCCAAAACAGUCUUGAAGGCCCUGACGUUGCUAGACUUGAUUCAUACUGACAGCAGAAACUUUGUGCUAAAUAAAAUUUUGUCGACAGAAGGCCAAGAGUUAGUAUUCACCGGUGAGAUUGUGGCAAUCAUACAGCCCGGCUCUAGUGAUAAGAGCUCGGACCUGAUUUGGGCAUCAUUCUGGGCUAAGAGGAAGAACGAUAUGCUAGUUUGUGUUUUCCAAAAAGUCCCAUGUGACUACGUUGACGUGAUUUUGGAUUUACGGGAUUAUUCAGUGAGCAGUGUCUCUAAUGGCGGUGGUCUUUUCUGGAAUCGACCUAGCGAAGAUCGCUCCGAAAUGUCUACAAUAUCAAAUGCGCCUAAAUUCGAACUGGGCUUUGAUGAAAGUGGUGAUGAAGAUGAUGACGAUGAAGACAGUGCUGAUAUAAAAAUAAUACCAGCUUCAAUCUUAAACAGAGAGAAUAAGAAUGAGAGGAAAAUAAAAACAAGGAAAUCAGUGAAGUUUGCUGAUCAAAUUCAGAAUGUUGACCAGUUGAGUCAUUCUCUUUCUCGACUCAUCAAAGAUGUCAUUGAUGGCAAGAUAUUCUCGGAGGAUGAUGAUCUUUUACCAAUUCCAAUCAGAGUUGCUAAUCAUAUUAAUACCACACGUUACUUUACCUUGAAUCAUCUCUCAUACAACAUACCGUGCGCGGUAUCCUCCUCGAUGCUCGAAGAUAAGCUGAAACUUAAAAUUCACAGCUUACCUUAUCAGGCGGGUCUUUUCGUCGUUGAUUCUCAAAGUCUUAGACUCAUUAGCUCCAAUAAGUCAAUUUUGAAGAACAUUUUUGGUUUCCAUUUUGCGGAGCUAGUUGGGAGGCCACUAACGGAGAUAAUUCCUUCUUUUGGCGACCUCAUUGACUUCAUCAAUGUAAAGUACAGCGCAUUAAAAAUCACUCUUGCGAGAAACAGAGGUUUGGUAUUAACAGAGCAUUUUUUUCGAAAGAUAAAAGCGGAGAUGAAUAACGAUCCUGAAGGAUUUUAUACCUCGGUUGGUAUUGAUGCUCGUCACAGAGAUGGUCGUUUGAUCAAGGUUGAUUUUCAAUUGAGAGUUAUGAAUCCUAGCGUUAUCCUUCUGUGGGUUACACAUUCCCGAGACGUUGUUUUCAAAGAUUAUACAAGCACACCGUCACAACUGCAUAUGCUUAAAGACCAUGAACCCGCAUAUUACAGCAGUGAUAACAGUUCUGAAGCGUCCUCAAAAAGAUCGUCAAGUAAAAUAUCGAUUGACCGCUUAAAGGAUCUGUCUGAGCAUGGAACUAGCAGGUCGAAUGAUGUAAGUUUACUCGGAUCAAGCCUGAGAUCUACCAGUCUGACGGAAGUCAAGCCAGAGUCACCUCGAGUGGCUUCUCUAUUGGUAAGCGGUAAUGAGGAUUCUCGCCUGGACAUUCAGGACUCUGAGUUCCAAAAGAAACUGGAGCUCAAUCUUACGAAGAUUUACGCCAAGGACAAGGCCCAGUUCGUGAAGGAAGGCAAUUUCAAGCUGGAUGAAGACCUUAUUAAAAGCAUUACGUCAACUCCUCAUAGCACUCGGUCCAAUCUGUCUCUAGACAAUAUGCAGAGUGAUGAAGAAGCAACUGCAGCAUCUACCGCAGGCAGGCAUGAAAUCGAACCCAUCUUUCUGAAGACACCGGAGCCUAACAUUGGCGCUCAGAAACAUAUCAAGAAGUUUUCUGAUUUCACUAUCCUACAGAAAAUGGGCGAAGGGGCAUAUGGAAAAGUGAAUUUAUGUCUUCAUAAAAAGGAGAGGUAUAUUGUAGUCAUCAAGAUGAUUUUCAAAGAAAGAAUUUUAGUUGAUACAUGGGUAAGGGAUAGAAAACUGGGAACUAUUCCUUCGGAAAUUCAGAUCAUGGCAGCCCUUAACAAGCAACCUCACGAAAACAUACUAAGGCUGUUGGACUUUUUUGAGGAUGAUGAGUAUUAUUACAUUGAAACUCCGGUACACGGCGAGACUGGUUGCGUCGAUUUAUUUGAUCUGAUAGAGCUGAAGACUAAUAUGACAGAGUUCGAAGCUAAGUUGAUAUUCAAGCAGGUGGUCUCCGGUAUCAAACAUCUACACGAGCAGGGCAUAGUUCACAGGGACAUCAAGGAUGAAAACGUGAUUGUUGACUCAAAAGGUUUUGUCAAGCUCAUAGAUUUCGGCUCUGCCGCCUACGUCAAGAGCGGGCCUUUCGAUGUGUUUGUAGGUACUAUCGAUUACGCAGCACCCGAAGUACUGGGAGGAGAACCCUACGAAGGUAAGCCCCAAGAUAUCUGGGCUAUCGGCAUUUUAUUGUACACGAUUGUGUUCAAGGAGAACCCAUUUUACAACAUCGACGAGAUAAUGGAGGGUACUUUAAAGUUCAGCAGUGGUGCAGAGGUGAGUGAUGCGUGUAUCAACCUGAUUAAGAAAAUUCUUAACAAGAGUGCGCCGAAAAGGCCCACUAUCCAGGAGAUAUACGACGAUGAAUGGAUGCAUAUUUGA